AUGAUAAGUGUAAAUCAUAAUUUACAAGAAAUAUCUUGCAUUGAUGACCAACAACCUGGACCAAGUCACCAAGGCCACGCUAGUGUACGCCUUUUAUGUGGGUGUUCCAUUUUGCAAAGGCAAAGUGACAGAAUAUUGAGAGAUAACCCCAUGGACCUGCAUCAGUUGAUGUUUACUGUUAUUGAAAACAGGGUUGCUCCAAGACAGGUUACAGAAACUGAUAAGGGGCAGUCCAGGGCGAAUAAAAAUAAGGAAAUCCACAGGCAAAAGGCAAAACCAAGAACACAAAACACAGGCAGCACAAACGGCGCGAGAGCAGUGUGUCAAACGUCAAAACGUCAUUACGACACUGUCAUAAUUGACAGGUCUGGACUAUGCUUUGGCGGUUUUUUUCCCGCCCAUGUCGUAAUCCAUGGCUUUAUUAAGCAGCGAGUAAUCGGCGCGCAAACACGCGAGCCGAGCCUGGCUCCGCUCGUGAUUCAGCGCACCACGCGCUGUUUAAAGGACUACGCUCGGCGCGGCUCGGCAAAGUUCGCACGAUCCGUCACUUGUCGGUUUUUUCGACACGGAUCAAAGGUGCGCGCACCAUCUUCGGCUCGGAUUGUGUUAAUACGCGCCGUCUAA